CCUGAAUGGGUUGAUGCUCUUUGGAUUGGAGUUUGUCCUCAAAUAUGAAUAACAAAUCUUUAGACUGACUGAACCGUCAGACUCUGGGUGAGAAGGCUAUACUGCUGUACUAUAUCUCUGGAUAAACGGUGACCAUGCCAUUUCAGCGUGUCUGUGGAGUAUUGGUAUUACUCUGCGCAUGUCUGAUGUCAUUCACGCCACCCUGUGAUGGAGGAAACAUUCUAGUGUUUCCUUUAGAUGGGAGCCACUGGAUCAACAUGAAGAUCCUGCUGGUAGAGCUCCAUGCCAGGGGACACAACCUGACAGUGAUCAGAGCCUCAAACAGCUGGUACAUUGAAGAAAAGUCUCCCCUCUAUACAUCCAUUAGCCUCACAAUGGAAGUGAGCAUGGAGAAUUAUUUUGAUGAUUUUGUAAAGGAGAAUAUAAGGGCGCAGAGAGAGGGGGCGUCGUCACUUACUGUCUUCAAACUCAUCAAGAAUUUCAAUUCCAUGAUUCUGGAAGUGCAUAAAUUGUGGGUUAAUAUGACUGCUAAAAUCUUUGAUGAUGAAAAAUUGGUCAAAAGCUUACAUGAUGCCAAAUAUGAUCUUGUUCUAACUGACCCAGGUGUGGGGACGGGAGUCUUUUUAGCCAAGUAUCUGAAACUGCCCUUGGUGCUCAAUGUUCGCUGGAUCACUUCAGGGGAGGGCCACUUUGCGAUUGCCCCCUCACCCCUCUCCUACAUCCCAGCGCCAGGAUCAGGCUUAACAGACAAAAUGAACUUCAUCCAGAGGGUCAAGAACAUACUGUUCCAGAGUGUUAUUGAAUACCAGCAAAGAUUUGUGUUGGGGCCAGCAUAUAAUACCCUCUGUGAUAAAUACAUUGAGGGGGGAUGCAAUAUCAUGUCACUUCUCCAGGAAGCAGACAUUUGGCUGUUCAGGUCAGAUUUUGUGUUUGACUUUCCUCGACCCACGAUGCCAAACGUGGUCUACAUAGGAGGGUUCCAGUGCAAACCAGCUCAGCCUCUGCCAGCAGACCUGGAGGAGUUUGUUCAGAGUGCCGGGGAGCACGGAGUGAUCAUCAUGACUUUGGGAACUUUGGUUAAUGCUUUGCCUGACGACCUUGCUGAUGAAAUCGCCAGCGUCUUUGCCAAGAUGCCCCAGAAGGUGAUAUGGAAGCACAAAGGUAAACAACCCUCUACUUUGGGAAACAACACCCUAAUAGUGGACUGGAUGCCCCAGAAGGACCUCCUGGGCCACCCACAGACCAAAGCCUUUGUAGCUCACGGAGGUACCAACGGAGUCCAGGAGGCCAUUUACCACGGGGUCCCUGUGCUCGGCUUACCGCUGUUCUUUGACCAGUAUGACAAUCUGCUACGCCUGCAGGAGAGAGGAGCUGGAAAGAUCCUUGAGCUAGCUCAUGCCAACAGACGCCGUUUUGAGCAAGCCAUCAAUGAAGUGCUCCAUCAGGACAGCUACAGACAGAACAUUCAAAGGAUGUCGCGUCUGCACAGAGAUCAGCCGAUAGCACCCGUGGAUCAGGCCGUCUUCUGGGUGGAGUAUGUGAUACGCCAUAAAGGGGCUCCUCACCUUCGUACAGAGGCCUAUAAGAUGCCUUGGUACUCAUACUACUCUCUAGAUGUACUGCUGGUAUUGAUGACGGCAGCAACUGUGCUGCUGCUCUCUACUUUUGCAGUUUUCAGGUUCCUAUGCUGCAGACAAAGAAGAAAGUCCAAAACCAAACAACACUGAUUCACGUCAGCAAUUAUGCAUAUAAAGUAUUGUUUAUGAAGUUAAUUGACAUUCAAGUGAUUAAGCAAUGUUGUUAAAUCAGUAAAAGUGAUUUUGCUUUUUCUUGCUUUUGAAUCACUGCUCAGCUGCUGAUCACGAUGAUGAGCUGAAAACUCCCACUUAAGUCAAUGUUCAACUGUUUUCGGUUAAAAAUUAUUCAUUGUCUAUUUCAGUUAAAUCCUAUAGUAUCCAAAUAAUAACACUCUUUCCAUACAGGGUGGCAGACAAUCAAUAACUUUGUCAGUGUGUUUAAUUGGGGCAUUUGUUCAUGCAUGAGUGUCAUCCAAUCAUGUAUGCACUUUUCUCUGAGGGGUUACUCGUAUGUCAUGAAAGUAGAGAGAAAUCUGAUUCUAAUGCCAAGGGCAUUUAAAUUCCACACCAGUGGUUUGGCUUCAUCACUGCCAUCACCUACAGGAGGGCAACACACAGCCAAGGCUAUCAAAAGAAGAAAAACAAUAUCAAACCAUGAAACAAAUACAAAGUAUCACUGACUUGUGGAAACUAAAGACUUGGCUGAGUCUGGUUUUAACAUUGUGGUUUCAUGAUUGGCUGCUCAUAAAAGUCACAGGGUAUUUAUAGUGUGAUUUUGGCCUAGAAUUGAUUAGGGGUAUUAGGGUAAAUGUUUGUAUAAAAUAGCCAAAGCCAAAGGCAUAUACAAAAGAGAUAAUUAGGAUUCACUUUGGUUUUGAAAAAGAAAAUCUUCUCUCAAAUGAAGACUGAUUACAUUUGGCAUGAUCCUAAUAGCUUUAAGCAAGUUUUUCCCUCUAAAUAGUUUUGUGAUAUUUGGUAACAAGAUAGCUUAAUUACUGUAAUUCAAAACACUCCAUAACAGAGCAAUUGACGUCUUGGACAAUACACGGAAGCAACAGUUGUAUGUCUUUGGGGUCAAAGCAGUGAUUUAACAGAGAGAGAGUUAUGUAGUUUGGGUGGGGUUGAAGUCAGCCGCCAGCACUCGCAGGCAGCUGUAGAUCAGCCUUAAAACCAGAUACGACUGAGAUGUCAGAGGCAGACUGACAGACAGAGGAGGAAACACUAAAACUGGAUAUAAGGCGUCAAAGUUCAAGCUUUAUGAUUUAGGGGUUGUCCUCUGGUAACCUUCAAGCUUUAACUGGUUCACAAACAUUAAGCCAUAAGACAUUGAAAUGGUCCACUGUAGGUUUCAUGCGUCAGAGUUUCUCAGUCAUUGACUUUUUCCCUCGUGAGGUUUGAGUAUAUAAUUUCGGGAUUUAUGUUACUUUAUGCAUUUAAAUGUUGUGCUAAUUGAUUGUUUUUCUUUGGUUUUGCCCAUAAAUGAGUGGACUGUUGCAUUCCAUUAAACCAGCUAUACAGUCCCAAUGUGUUGAUGAGUGUAUGACUCCAUGACUAUUAUGAAAGGUUGAUGUGGUGAAAAUGCUUUUACUUGUAACUUUUCCAAAGGCAGUUCUACAGCAUGGUGCAAAUAAAACUAGUAACUUAGUCUUCUGACACAUGCUUGUGAUACCUACCAAGACGAAUACUAAAAAUCAAAAUGAACAAUGACAAGUUAAACUGAUUUAAUUUUA